GAGGGACUGGAGUGUCUGCUUUUGUUCUUCAGAAAAGGGGGCUUGCUCUUGGCGUAUCACCCUGCCAUUUUAAGCAGGGGUGUGUGAGCGCCGAACAAGAGAUUUGACACGAGAGUGAUGGGAGCAGACAGAGGAGCGAAGGAGAUUACUGCCACAGCCGAGUGGAGCAUCAGCAUCGAGCCACUGCAUGAACACUGAGGAGCCGAUCCGCCUCAGAAGCAGGAUCUCUCUUUCUCUCUUUUACACACUGAUGAACACACCUGAAAACUGCAGAGGACCUCAGGACAUUAGGGGAAUAAUCUGACUGCCCGGACAACUUUGUUUGUAAAAAUAAACAGCGCUUUUCUUCAGCCCACCUUGUGUCAGUGCACUUAAACAUUGUGCAGCACUGGCAUAAACGGUCUUUCUUUUAAUGCUAAACUAUCAUUAAUUACUAUUAAACUAUUUUAGUCGGAGGGCGGGCUUGCCCGUGAUCGACAUAGAUUUGAUGAAGAAUGUGUCAUCUGUGCGUGCAAGAGUAUAUCUGUCAGCCACUCUGACUUUUUCUGGACAUUGCUGAAGCCUUUGGACUCAAUUCAGCUGGAUUUAGCAGCUGCGAUAGGGUCCUGGUCCUAAUUUACUGGAAGAGUUGUUGUUUUUUUACCUCAAUCCAGCAUGCGACCCAUCCCAUCAAGAUUUAGCUAUCUGUAAGUACUUUGAUUCUUAACGGGCACGCUGUUAACUCUUCUCCCGUACAAGUAACUUACUGCGUGUUAUUCUUCUUCUUUGCAGGUUAUUAGCCGUAUAUGUAUUCUGCUACAAUGCUCAGGUAACCAACCAGUCCCCGCCUAAUUUCACGCAGCAUGUAAGCGAGCAGAGUAAAGGGACGGACCGCGUGAGUCGCAGGUUGAUCCGUACCUACCAGCUAUACAGCCGGACCAGCGGCAAGCACGUCCAGGUCCUGCCCAACAAGAAGAUCAACGCCAUGGCCGAGGAUGGAGACGUGCACGCUAAACUCAUUGUGGAAACGGACACAUUUGGGAGCCGAGUACGCAUUAAGGGGGCUGAGACAGGCCUCUACAUCUGCAUGAACAAGAGGGGGAAGCUCAUCGGCAAGGAAAAUGGCCAUGGCCGUGACUGUAUCUUCACUGAGAUUGUUCUGGAGAAUAACUACACAGCGCUGAGAAAUGGCAACUAUGAGGGAUGGUAUAUGGCCUUCACCCGCCGCGGGCGGCCACGGAAGGGCUCACGAACGCGCCAGCACCAGCGUGAAGUACAUUUCAUGAAAAGGUUGCCAAAGGGGCAGCAGCCUGCUCACCCAAGCUAUCAACGGCCUUUUGACUUCAUCCACUACUCAUUCAGUCAAAGGACUAAACGUACGCGAUACUCAUUAGAGGAGUAAGGUUGAAAAGACAAAAGGGGAAAAACUGACUGAAUAAGCAGUAGCCAACAAAGUCCUCUGCUCUCCACAAAAAAACUCUGGAUACAUGUUUUUAUAGUGAGCAUUACUUUAUCUUAAUUUGUAGUUUGUUUGAUAUUUUUGUCAAAGUAAAAAAAAAGCUGUACAAUGGGAAAAAAAUUGAAAUCUAUUUUUGUACUUCACACUUUUGAUACUGACCUGGGUUAAGUUUUUUUUAGAUGCACAUAACUCAUGUGACUUAUUGGGGAUGUCUGUUUGUAUAGUGUUGUUUUUGUUGUUAUAACCAGUGGAGUCAUUUAUUGGACUCUUGCCUACUGCUCAAGGCGACUUAAAGUGCCCUGAUUGACCGCAAUGCCAGGGAACACUGCAUUCAGAAACAAAACUGCCACAUACGCAUCAGGGAACGCAAGGGUCAGUAAACAUUGCUUAAGAGCAUUGUGAUAACACUGGAGUGAUGAAGCUGUUUGUUAGAUGCUGCAUCCUGAUUAAACUCAUUCUAUAUCAUGCUCACAAAGCUCAAUGAGACAGAGCUUUAACAACGUCAGAUGGAACAAUGUGGCAGCUACAUUCAAUAACCACAGGUUGGCUGUUCUGACUGUAAAGGUAUACAAAUGUAAACAUAGAAACAUUUAAGUAUUAGGAACCUUUCAAUUAUCCCUUAUCCAAAUCUGUAGCCCCUUGAAUGUUUUUAUACUUUUAUAAAUAUAUUUUUAUUUGAGGAUAUGUAAAAUUAUUUUAAGGAUGGAAUAUUUAUUUAAAUUGUGAAAUAAAUAUACAUUGACAUACUGAACACUUUUUGGUACAUACUUGCUCUGGAACCACCCAUGAAAGUAACAAGUGUGCUGACCAGCCUUACACUCUGUGCAUACUGUACAUACAGCCAUAUGCAAAUGCAAUUUAGCAUAGUGUUUAUGUGAUACAACCUAUUCUGAGCCAUGCAAGAUUCUUUAUGGGAAGUGUGAAAACAAAUUUUUUCAUGCUCUCAGAUGAAUAAUUUUUGUGCAAAAAACAGUAUGAACUAACAUUUUUAAUAUUUUACGUGUAAAGACUAAACAUUUCUACCAGUAAAUAAACUGUUCUCAGUCUAAAUGGGCUGCUUGCACCUCAUACAUGAUAAAUGCUAUGGUAUGCUAAUUUGUGUGCAUACAUGAUAUACUAAUUAUUAAAUGGAGUGAAUGGUUUAUUAUUUUGAGCGCACAAAUUGUUGAUUUUCUACCAACCCUACAUUCCUACACAAACUUCUCUAUUGGUUUUUCAGAAUAUUCUCAUUUAUUUGAAAAUGUCUUGGAAAACUACAAAGGGGGAA